GUGCAUGUCGCCCCGCCUCGCGUCACCAGCCCCUAGCACUAACACAAGCGCAAUGAACUGCAAGGCGGGAGAAAUCCUUGGGAGGGUCCGGGAUAGCCGUGUCAUGUCGAGGAAGAGGGGGGAUCACCAGGCAGUAGAAGGUACCAGGCGAGGCAUAAGUUCCGUCGGGGAUGUUCGUUCGAAUUCUGUGGCGUGCUGUGUGGCUUCCCUGAAGGGGACAGUGACAGUGGCUGUCGUGGCUGACGCGAGACGCCGCUACUCGCCGCCAUGAUUGUCUCCUCGCUGCACCUGCUGCGUCAGCUGGGGUUUCGGUGUCCGGUUCGUCUACGAGAGGCCUGCUGCCUGCUCCUGCUGCUGUGCCACGUGUGCUCCGCGUGCGCGUAUAUCCUCGUCUUCGGGCCGCUGGUUCUGAUUUUCUCUCUUCUCAACUGCCGUCGACAGGGCUACUCGCUCGCUUCAGCCGCGUAUGGGUGGUGGAUGCACGGCCUUGCUUUCUUCGUGGAAAAGGUUGCAGGAACGGAGUUCGUGCUGUCGUUGGAUCAUGCCAGCCAUCCCUUCCAAGGCGCCGACAACCACAACAAUAACCACAACCACAACCACAAGCACGACAGGCCACUCGAGCCCACACUGAGUCGGAGUAGCACUGUGACGGACCUGGAGUCCUUGCCGCGCAGGGCGUUCGUGAUGUGCAACCACCUGUCAGAGUGCGACUGGCUCUUCAUCUGCUGCUUGGCCGCCCGCGUCCAGGGAGCGCUGGGAGGCCUCCGCUUCGUGCUGAAGCGCAGCAUAGGGCACGUGCCACUGGUGGGGUGGGCUCUGCAGAUGAUGCACUUUGUGUUCAUCGACCGCUGCUGGCGCACGGACGAGGGCGCCAUGGGCGCCACGCUGCAGCAGCUGAGAGCGUGCGUGGGGCACGAGGAACGACAUGGGGAACACGAGGAAGGACACAAGGAAUGGCGCAUGGAACGACACGAGGAGCAGCAGCAGAAGCAGAGCCAGAAGCAGGGGAGCGGCUUCUGGCUGGCCAUUUUCCCGGAAGGCACCGACUUCACGGACCGCAAGCGAGACGCGUGUCAGGAGUUUGCCCGGUCCAGGGGUCUCCCGGUGCUGAAUCACGUGCUGCUGCCUCGCACCCGUGGGACCUACCUGUGCCUGCACUCGCUGCAUGCCGUGUUUGAGGCUGUUAUCGACGUGACUGUUGCGUACGAUAAAGGGAAAGGCACCCUGCCCGACCUGGUCAAGAUGGCCAUCGGGCGAGGGCCAAGAAGAGUGCUGCUGCACCUGAAGACCUUGCCUGUGGACGCACCGCGCGCACUGAGGCAGCAUUCAUUCAAUGAGGCAAUGUUUGACAUCUACUCUCGCAAGGACACGCUGCUCUCACAGGUGUAUGCCACGGGGAGGAUGCCUGCCUCGACUUCCACAGCAUGCUCCCUCCACCCGCCAACCGUCGUAGGAUUCGCUUCUCUUGCUCUCAGUGGUUUGAUAACCAUCACAAUAACCACAUACAUGUGCACCCUGGUUCUUCUACAAAAAGAACAUGAUUGGUGGUAAGUGCAAUUGGUUGGUUUUGUUAAAAUUAUAUAAGUUUUAAUGUAAUAUAGGCUUCGUAGGUUGUUAUUGAACCUUUCUGUAGAGGGUAUAAACCCCCCUUUGUACU